CUCACAGAAAAUUCGUCGUUGACCUUUCCUUCGACUCUUCGCCAUCUAGGGCUCCAAACGUAAAACCCAAAGAGAGAGAGAGCGAGAGAGAGAGAGAGAGAGAGAGAGAGAGAGAGCGACGGCCAUGGCGUUGAACCGUGGGAUCCGAUCCGGCAUGAAGCUGUUGACCUCCUCCGAAUCAGCCCUUUCCAAAUCAGUUUCUCGAGGGCUACAUGCCACUGGGGCAAAGAGAAUGGGUGCGCAUGGCCAUGAUGAACCAUUCUACCUUCACGCCAAGCACAUGUACAACCUGGACCGCAUGAAGCAUCAGAAGCUUAAAGUUUCUGCAUCCGUGCUUGCUGCGUUCAGCAUCGGUGUGGCUGUUCCUGUCUAUGCUGUCAUAUUCCAACAGAAGAAAACCGCCUCAGGGUGAUAAUUCUAAUGCUGGAAACAAUAAAACAUCAAAACUUCAGUUGUUUCUUCCGCUGUUCGAAUCACUUGGUGAUGCUUUUUGUUUUUUUGGGGAGGUCAAAUUUGGGACUUGGUUUCCCCUAAAACAUAUUAAAUGUUUCAUUAAGAAAUUGAUAACAUAAAUUGGGUUCUUUGCGGUGAGUUAGAAUCUGUGCUUUGAGAUAAUUUCUUCUAUUUCAGUUUGAGUUUAGCUCGUUGAACUAGCCUUUGGAUGAUAAAUCCUGUUCCUUUUUCUUAUUUUUAGAGUCCCUUGCUGUUUCUCUGUGUU